GUGAUCGGACGUCACAUAAAGCCCGCCUCGCUGUCCCCAUCCAUUCUCUCUUACAUGGCUUUCUCUGCAACUCUCUCCAGCAGCGUCUCCUUCAACCUCGACGAGAAUCACUUGCGCUUGAGUGGUCCUCAUCCGUCCCUCUCCCGGGAGGAGCUCCAGUGGUUGCGCGGCGCUUCGGCUUCGAGCUUGAGGUCGUCGUGCUCGAGGAGUGGUCGGAUUCGGAGCUCCGGGGCAAUGAAGGCAGGCGGUGCGCCGGCGGCCAGCGAGCGCGCCGUGAAGGCGAAGGUCCCUCACGUCUUGACGGUCGCCGGCUCCGAUUCUGGAGCUGGCGCGGGGAUUCAGGCCGAUCUCAAGGCCUGUGCGGCUCGCGGAGUGUAUUGCUCCACUGUGAUUACUGCGGUCACUGCACAGAAUACUGUUGGCGUUCAGGGUGUUGACAAUGUGUCGGAAGAAUUUGUUGCGGAGCAGCUGGAGUCCGUGCUCUCCGACAUGCAGGUUGACGUGGUCAAAACUGGCAUGCUUCCUUCAGCAGGCAUAGUUAGGAUCCUUAGUAGCAGUCUCAACAAGUUUCAAGUUCAAGCUUUAGUAGUUGAUCCGGUAAUGGUGUCCACCAGUGGAGAUGUUCUUGCUGGUCCUUCUGUUCUUGCUGUGUGCCGAGAAGUGCUUCUUCCUAUUGCCGAUAUAGUUACCCCAAAUUUAAAGGAGGCAUCUGCUUUACUUGGGGGUAUGCAACUGGAGACAAUUGCUGACAUGCAUUCUGCUGCGAAGUUAUUGCAUCAAAUGGGGUCAAGACACGUGCUUGUCAAAGGUGGCGACCUCCCUGGAUCUUGUGAUGCUGUUGAUGUUUUCUUCGAUGGUGAAAGAUUACAUGACCUGCGUGCGCCUCGUGUGAAAACUCGUAAUACUCAUGGCACUGGAUGUACUUUGGCAUCGUGUAUAGCAGCUGAGCUGGCAAAAGGUUCUCCUAUGCUUCCUGCUGUUCAGGUUGCCAAACGCUUUGUUGAGAAUGCCUUGGACUACAGCAAAGAAAUAAGUAUUGGGAAAGGACCUCAAGGCCCUUUCGAUCAUUUUCUGAUGUUGAACCGAAAGGUUCAUAAUUUCAGGAAGAAGAUGAUCCUAGAUCCGAGUGAUCUGUUCUUAUAUGCUGUUACAGAUUCUGGGAUGAAUGGAAAGUGGGGCAGAUCUAUUGAAGAUGCUGUUAAAGCUGCAAUUGAAGGAGGUGCAACCAUUAUCCAGCUGAGGGAAAAGGAUGCUGGGACGAGGAACUUUCUUGAAGCAGCUAAAUCCUGCAUGGAAGUAUGCCGUUCCCGGGGCAUUCCUCUACUAAUAAAUGAUCGCAUCGACAUUGCUUUAGCUUGUGACGCCGAUGGGGUCCAUGUCGGUCAAUCCGAUAUGCCUGUUCGCACUGCACGUGCCCUUCUUGGGCCGGAGAAGAUCAUCGGUGUAUCAUGCAAGACACCGGAGCAAGCCCAACAAGCAUAUAUGGAUGGUGCCGAUUAUAUUGGUUCUGGAGGCAUAUAUCCGACAAACACAAAGGAAAACAAUCUGACUAUUGGCUUGGAGGGGUUGAAAGCUGUUUGCUUGUCUUCUAAGUUGCCAGUCGUUGCAAUCGGUGGAAUCGGCAUAUCAAACGCACAUUCAGUGAUGGAGCUUGGGCUGCCAAAUCUUAAGGGAGUAGCGGUUGUGUCGGCCUUGUUUGACCGGGAAUGCAUCUCCACUGAGGCUAGAAAGCUUUAUGAGGUGCUCUCGAGGACAGCAUCAGAGGUGAAAUAAACAUGCAAAACAAAGAUGCAGGUGCAGGAUAUAUCCCUGAUAAUGAAGUUUUCCUUGUGUAUUUGACCAAGGCUUUUGCCUUCGGUACAUAUUCCAAGAAUUAUGGCGGAGUAGGUUUUACUGUCCUCGUACGAGGAUGUGAAAAGAACAAUAUGGUUUUGUAUCUUCAUUAAUUUAUAUCCUUGAAG